CUGAGAACAAACAACUGACAUCAAACCCCAAAAAAACAUUGCAGGAAAACAGAGAGAAUCUUAAUACAGCUGCAGCUGCUCUGCGUUCUCUGCAACACCAACACCCCCUCCUCCCCCCACCAAUGCAGACCGCUCUGUAUGGUCAAAACACCAAUUACCCCCAAGCAAACAUUUUUCCUCGCGAUAAUGAAAAAGUUCAAAAUGACCCAUCAAAUUCAAACUCAGAUCUCCAAAAAGCAAAGCAAAAUCCCAUUUUUUUGAAAAUCCCUUUUCUGCUUUCACAUCCGUGAUUAUAACCCACGUCGUGUUAUUAAUGAGAGACGCCAAAUGUAGCGAAGCUUUUUCAGGUUUUGUGAGCUGAAGCUUGCCUCUUUCUUGUAAAGCCAUACCCUUUCUUCCAUUGCCUCUGUCUGUUCUUAUUCUUCCUAGACUUCGUCAUCACUUCUUUUUCUUCUUGUUUCAAUGUUUUAACUAGUUUUGGAUUUUUCUGUAUGGGUUCUUUAAUCUCGGUUUUUAUCUCAAGUGUUGCUGUGGUAAUGCUUUGGAACUUGAAUGCUAGUCAUAAACGCAAUUCUUGAAAUGUAUUGUGUUCUUUGACAAUGGUCAAGUUAAAGGUAGAAAGAGUGCUGGUAAAGAGUCAAUUACUUGCCUUUGAGGGAUAAUUUGAUUGCAAGAAGCGUGAGUUUCUUCGUGUUUUCUGGGGGUCCCAAGAGGAAAGAAAGAAAAAGAAGAAAAGAUGCUGUGUGCUUGUUCUGGAGAGCAAUUCAAACUUGAAGAGGCAGUGCCACAGUCUCCAGAGUCACUGGCCACAAGGGAUUUCUCUGCCAGUGGCCUUUCAUCAAGAACUGGAACUGUUGAUUGGGAAUCAAAACUUGAAGAUGCUCAAGUAGAUGAAGCUGAGUCUACAUUGAAGGAGGCUCUUUCUCUAAAUUAUGAGGAAGCUAGAGCAUUGUUAGGGAGGCUCGAAUACCAAAGAGGUAAUUUUGAUGCUGCCCUUCAAGUGUUUCAAGGAAUUGACAUUAGACUCUUGUCACCAAGAAUGUCUAAGGCCAUUGCUGAGAGAACUCGGCCCCGAAAAUUGCGUUCCAAAGACAGAAAUGUGCUGGCUGGCGUAAUGUCACUACAUUCAGUGAGCCUACUUCUUGAAGCAAUUUUACUUAAGGCAAAAUCUUUAGCUGAGCUGGGACGUGUUAAAGAAGCUGCGAGAGAGUGCAAGAUUAUCUUAGACACAGUCGAAUUAGCUCUGCCUAAUGGUAUAUAUCGGGAAAUCAAUGAAGAUAGCAAGUUGCUGGAGAUGUUUCACAGGGCAAUGGAGUUGCUUCCUAAGCUAUGGCUGCAGGCGGGAUCUCUAGACGAAGCUAUUGCUGCAUAUCGAAGGGCUCUUUUAAAGCCUUGGAACUUAGAUCCCCAAAGACUCGCAAAAGUGCAGAAGGACUUAGCUGCCACAUUGCUCUAUGGAGGUGUCGAAGCUGGCAUUCCUUCUGAGUAUAAACCAUGGGGAUCAACGUUCCCAAAAAGUAGUAUAGAGGAAUCAAUUCUUCUGUUGUUUAUACUUAUGCGGAAGGUUCUGCAUGGUGAAAUAGAGUGGGAUCAAGAAGUUAUGAAUCAUUUAACUUUCGCACUCACAAUCUCUGGUGAAUUCGUGUCUUUGGCGGAUCACGUGGAGCAGGUUCUUCCAGGUAGAUACAAUCGAGUGGACAGAUGGUACUUUCUUGCUCUUUGCUACAGUGCUGCAGGUCAGAAUCAAACGGCAGUUAACCUUCUAAAGAAAGCAUCAGGGUUUUCGGAAGAUAACAGCAAACCCCAUUUAGCAUCAUUCUUGCUAGGAGCAAAAUUAUGUGCUCAAGAUCCAAACGAAUCUUCUGAAGGGAUAAAUUUUGCACGAAGAGUUAUUGAUGUUUCGAUGGACCAAAAUGAGCAUAUACUAAGCCAAGGCCAUAAGUUUCUCGGGAUCUGCUAUGGAAAUGUAGCACGGACCUCUGUUUCUGAUAUUGAGAGAGUCACUUUACAUAGAGACUCACUUAACUCCUUAAACCAUAUUUCUCUGGCUGGGGCUAAGGAUCCAGAAAUUAGCCUUAGCCUCGGGCUAGAAAAUGCCAUCCAAAGGAACUUGACUCCGGCCUUUGAGCGAGCAAUGCUAUACUCAAAGAUGACUGCUGGAAGUUCGGCAAGAGGUUGGAAACUGUUGGCUCUUAUUGCAUCUGCCGAGCAGAGACUAAAAGAUGCAGAAGCCAUCAUUGAUCUUGCCUUGGAUGAAACUGGGAAUAUUGACCAGCUUGAACUUCUGAGGCUGAAAGCUGUCAUUCAGAUUGCUCAAGAACAACCGAAGCAAGCCAUUGAAACCUACAGGAUUUUGCUAGCAUUAAUUCAGGGACUCAGUGAACAUCAUGACGAAAACACCAGUAAGUUACAAGCCGAGAGGACAUUAGAAUUAGAAGCAUGGUUGGAUUUGGCUGGACUCUAUUCAGACCACGAGCUAUGGCUUGAUUCGGAUAUUUGCAUCAAAAAAGCCAAGGCAACUAAGUUCUACUCCCCUCGUUGUUGGCAUGCAACAGGAAGACUCUUUGAAGCCCAAGAACAACAUAAAGAAGCAGUAAUCGCAUUCUCAGUUUCUUUAUCAAUAGAACCGGACUACGUCCCCAGCAUCAUCUCAACUGCUGACGUACUAAUAAAGAUGGGCAAUAAAUCACUCCCUAUUGCAAAAAGCUUCAUAAUGAACGCACUUCGUUUGGAACCCACGAACCAUGAGGCAUGGUUUAAUCUUGGGUUGAUCUAUAAGAUGGAAGGUUUGGUGCAGCAAGCAGCUGACUCGUUUCAGGCUGCACAUGAGCUAAAGCUCUCUGCUCCUGUUCAAAGCUUCCACUGACAGUAACAGCCAUUUGGUUUCAAUCAGACACAGAAAUCCUUAGUUUUGAUAAAGCUUAAACAAUCGCAUUGCAGAAGCUGCUUCUUAACUAUUGGUCGUACUGGGAAACACGGUCCUGUGAUUAUUCUUGUUUAUCAACUUUGUACAGGUGACUGUUUUUUGAAUGGAAAGGCACUCUCUUUCAUCUGAAUGGACAAGGUGAUAUGUGCAUUAUACUUGGAUUCAACAGACAUAGGGAGUGUUAUGCGAAAAUUUUUACUUUUAGAAAAGUGAUUUUUUGUAG